AUGGCCGCCUCUAGGCCACCCGUCGCCGUGGUGUGCGUCGGCAUGGCAGGAUCUGGCAAGACGACGUUCAUGCAGCGUAUCAACGCCCAUCUUCACGAGAGAUCAGAAGAGGAUGGUUCGACCACGGCGCCACCGUAUGUUCUCAACCUUGAUCCGGCAGUGCGUAGUGUCCCGUUCGAUGCCAACAUCGACAUUCGCGAUUCGGUCAACUACAAGGAGGUCAUGAAACAAUAUAACCUUGGCCCCAACGGAGCAAUCUUGACAAGUCUGAAUCUGUUCAGUACGAAGAUCGACCAGGUCAUGGGAAUUUUAGAGAAGCGAUGUCUACCACAGGAGAACGUCAAGUCAAUACCGGGUCACAUCAUCGUGGAUACGCCAGGUCAAAUAGAAGUAUUUGUGUGGUCGGCUUCCGGAAAUAUUCUUCUAUCAUCAUUGGCUUCUAGCUUUCCUACUGUCAUUGCCUAUAUCAUCGACACGCCCCGCACGACCGAGAAUACGAGCACGUUCAUGUCGAACAUGCUCUAUGCCAUCAGUAUCCUGUACAAAAUCCGACUGCCUAUGAUUCUUGUGUUCAACAAGACGGAUGUGAAGUCCGAAGACGAGGCAGUGGAGUGGAUGCGGGACUUUGAAACUUUUCAGGACGCGAUUCGGAAGGAAGAGUCCGAAGAACGUGAAGGGAGUGGGUAUAUGGGAAGUCUGCUCAACAGCAUGAGUCUGGUACUCGAGGAAUUUUACAACCAUCUAUCUGUUGUGGGUGUCUCAGCGAUGACUGGCGAUGGCAUCGAUGACUUUUUCGCGGCCAUUGAGGAGAAGCGAGAGGAGUUCGAGAAGGACUACAAGCCGGAGCUCGAAAGACGAAGGGCAGUAGCUGAAGAACAAAAAAGUCAGGUGAGGGAGCAAGAGGUCAGUCGCAUGAUGAAAGACAUGCAAGACGAUGACGAUAGCUUGGAUGGCAGGCGUGCCAACGACGACGAUGACGAAGAUGCAGUCAAUGAAGCAUUUGAGGAAAGUCUAAAGGCACGAUAUGAGGCCGCUCUACGAGAUUCCGGAGGAGCUGCAGCGACAGCACGAACGGGCACGGCGGCAGUAAAUUACAUCCGAAGCAGUCAGCGGUGA